AUUUUUUGAAUGUAAUCUUAGUGUUGGGUGUGGUUACAGGUGAAGUACAGCAAAGAUGUGGUCAGAGGUGAAACAGGCUUGAAACUUCCAACCAGAGAGAGCAGCAAAGCGUGGUCAAGUCAAGUGUCAAGUUAGUCUUGGUCAUCCCCGCCUCGCCGGCUCCUUCCUGCAGGGAUUGCCGCACCAAUGGCAGGGGUAGGCAAGGGAUUAGCUCCUCAGAUUAAAGUGGCCAUCUCCAAACCCUGCCUAAUCCUGCCAUCUGUCAGAGAGCAGCUAACCAGCCAAGGCACUCUCCACAGGCUAAUUAGAAAGCCAGAGGAACACAGACCUAGAGAGGAAAAAAGAAAUCUCCGAAACACACAGACUUUUCUGUCUGGUAGUGCUCAAGACAGCGUGACGAUGGAGGAGACGUAUCUUCUCAACCAUCCAGGGGUCAGGAAGAAGAUUCUGGCUGGAGGCACAGGACCGCUGCCACACUUUCCACCUGGGACAAAGCUGGUGUUCCACUUCCAGACGCUGUUGGACAACUUCGAGCGGACGGUCAUCGAUGACAGCCGACUGGCUGGCAGGCCAGCUGAGAUCUUUGUCGGAAAGUUGUUCAAGAUGGAAGUCUGGGAGACCCUGCUGACAUCCAUGAGGGUUGGAGAAGUGGCUGAGUUCUGGUGUGAUGCCAUACACACAGGGUUGUACCCGAUUGUGUCCAAGGGAAUGAGGCUGAUUGCUCAAGGGAAAGACCCCUUAGAGGGCCAGAGACACAUGUGCGGCAUGGGAAACCUGUUCCAUUAUCACUCCACCGGCUUCCCAGAGCUGGAUGAGCUCAUGAGAACCCCUCAACCACUUAUAUUUAUCAUGGAGCUGCUGCAGGUGGGAGACCCCAUGUCCUACCACAGAGAAUCGUGGAUGAUGGAGAAAGAUGAAAAGCUACAGAUGGUGCCAAUUCUCCACAUGCAGGGCAAUGCACUGGUCAAGCAGAGACAAUUCAGAGAGGCCGCCAGCAAGUACAAAGAGGCUGUCCUGCUGCUGAAAACAGUCCAGUCCAGAGAAAUGCCUGGUGAUAUAGACUACAUCAACUUGGGCCGAAUGAUUAUCCCCCUGGAGCUGAACUACUGCCAGUGUAUGUUGGAGCUGGAGGAGUAUUAUGAGGUUAUAGAGCACACCACCGAACUGCUGGAGAAGCACAAAGACUGUGUGAAGGGCUACUACAAGAGGGCCAAAGCCCACGCUGCCGUGUGGAAUGAAAAAGAAGCCCGGAGAGACUUUAACAUGGUGGCCCACCUGGACAUCACUCUGGCUUCUCUCGUCAACAGAGAGCUGAAGGCCCUGUCAGAGCGCAUCAAGGAGAAAUACUGGGAGGAGAAGGAGGCGUACUGGAACAAGCUGGAGAAAAAGGAGGACAAAAAUAAAGAGGAGGAGGAGGAAGAGAGGGAAGACAAAGGAAAACAAGGAGAUAGCAAAAAUGUGACCACAGAGAGUAAAGAUGAAGUGGGGGAAGAAAAAGGAAAAGACUCUCCGUCCUUAGACGAACUUGGAGGAGAUAAAGAAGGCACGCUAAAGGUUACACUGGCUGAAGCAGGUAACAAGGAGGAGGCAAGCUCCUCUGAGAUCAGUCCAAAUGCUUCCCAUAAAACAGAGGAAAAGGACUGGCAGCAGAUGUUACGACUGGUCAUGUUGCUGCAGAACGAAGGAAACUUCCUGAUUAAAGAAAAGCACUUUGAGGAGGCUUCUGUAAAGUUCAAAGAGGCCAUAGAAUAUGUGGACUUCCUUCAGAAUAAGCAGGUGGAUCGACAGGGCGACGACUGGGAGUCACUGGAGAAAGUGCGCCUUCCGCUGAUUCUCAACCUCAGCCAGUGCAUGCUGGAGCUGCAACAGCAUCAGCAAGUGGUGGAGCUCACCGACAAGCUGCUGAAGAGGCAUAAAGGUAACUUUAAGGCGGUGUACCAGCGGGCGAGAGCACAUGCCGCUCUGUGCAAUGAGGAUGAAGCACGGAGGGACUUUGAAAUGGUGGAGAAGUUGGACCCAAAGUUCAAGCCCUUUGUCCGCCAAGAGCUGAAAAAGCUGGGUGAGCGUGUCCGCACCAUGCACACCCGACAGAAUAAGACUUACUGGGAUACGAUGCAGGAGAAGUGGGGGCCAGGUGGAAGCAAGACGAAGAGAGCAGGGAGAAAGAAGAACAUCAAAUUUGCACAGAAAGCCACAGAGGAAAAAGCUGAGGCAGAUAAGAAAACAGAGGAGAGUAAGAUUGAGGAGAGAGAAAGCUCAGAGAAACCUGCCCCUGCUGGUAGAGAGGGAGGGGAUGAUGCAGAAGCAGAGAAAAGUUCAGAUGUGAAAGAGGAACAGAGUAAUAAAGAGCAAGGGAGCGGGAGAGCGAGUGAAGAGGGGUUAGAUAAUGAAAAUAUAGUGAGUGCUGUGGUUCAUGAAGACGGCCAGGGUGCACCAGAUAAUCGAGCAACAGAUAAAGAUAGCGAUCCUGCGCCCACCGGCACAGGCAAAGAUAAUGUAGUGAGCAAGAGAUCAGCGUGCGAUAAGGGCAGAAAGAAGGUCAAAUGCCAAUCAAGUGCUGCACCGGGCCCAAGCAGAACAAGCCAAGGGAACAAAGCCACCAAUGGUAAGACAGGAAAGGGUGGCACUCAAUCAGAAUAGACCAAUGGGUUGAAAUUGUCUUGUGCAGAGCCAAAAGGCCACAGGGAGAAGCGGAAGGGCAGAGAGAUGAAUAGACCAAAAACUGAGAGAAAAGCAAUAUGGAUGCAGACAGUGAACAGCCAAGCCUCAGCUCUCAACAGGAAAUAUUGAUUCUGCCACAUACAAGCCCAAAUAUAAACACAAGAAGAAAAAUUAAUAUAAACAACCCUUACUCUGAGUUAAGUUUCAUUAUUCAAUUCUCAGAGGGAUGACUACAAGCACAUAAAAAAGCAAAGGCAGACAGGGAGUUUGCCAAAUACAAAGUUUUUAUUUCUGUACACAAAGAGUAGAAAGCAGCCAGUAACCCACUUGUUAUUACAGUAAAAAGCCUUUCUUCAGAAAACUUUUUAUACAGAUUAAAAACUCCAGAGAAAAGACAGCAAGAAGUGUUUGAGUGCUGGACAAUAACAAUAAAAAUCAUAUAAUCAAAUAAUAAAACAAAUAAUAAAACAUUUGAAUGAUUAAUGAGGUAUAUUAAUGGUGAUUUUAAACAGAAAAAAAAACACCUCAGUUCACCAGUAAUGGAUGAGUGUGUGGAUGUGUUAGUGUUCUCAACUCCUUGUUUGAGGUUAGGUGAUUUUGCCCUGUCAUGUGUGAGGUGACAUACAAGCACACGCGUCCUUGUCAGAAGCUCAGAUAGCAAUAAAGACAGGAGGGGAGGGUCAGACAUUAAAGGCAGGAGAGUUAGUGAUAGGGUGUGUUAGCGCGUGGGUCGACUACAUGCAGUAACACAAGGGAGUGGAGAACGAUCGCUGAGUGACUCUUGCCUCUGCCGAGAGCCUUUUUUUCUUCAAUCACACAGCUUCAGUCACGCCACAGGGAGCAGGGUGUGUGCGUGUGUGUGUUAGCGCGUUAAAGUGUGUACAUGGAUCAGACCUCAGAUGAUCACACAGUCAGACAGAGAUGAGUCUCGCCCUGUGACUCCUCUGCAGCUGGAUGACCAUGAAAGUCGAGUUCAGACGCCGGUGUCAAACAGCAGCAGAGUGACACACAGGGGACAGACUGUGUAUGAUAAUGCGACUCACUGCCAUUAAACCACCUGGUAAGAGUGUUUAUUUCAUUCUGCCUCCUAGAAAAAUAAAAACAACAAAUGUUGACAUACGGCUCUGGGGGAAUACUCUUUUUUUCAUGCGCUGUCAUGGUUACAUCAUUUUGUGUACCAACAUAGAGAAGUAUGGAGAUAAGAGUGUGAGGGCGCUGGGUGAUCAUUAAUGUGUAAUGAGAUGUGUGAAUACCAAUAAAUAAAUGUCUAUGAAUAAAUAUAGCUUGUCCUGGCUUUUUUUAAAUUUCUCUUCCACAAGCUGAGCCGCUGCUGUUUGUUCUGACUUGUGAGAGCUUUAACAAAACAAAUUGUUAAGCAGUGCUGCUGCAGAGAUGGAUUCAACAAAUGAUAAUGACUAUUUUCAGCAGCUUGACAGUGGCAGGCGUCAGUGGAGGUGGAAGUGAUGAGGAGGAGGGUUGCAUUUGGGAAACAAGACGCUCUCUCUUGCUUCCCUUAAGGCUAUUAGCAUUUGUCUUACAAACGGCACAUCACCUUUUUUCCAUCUUAGAAACCUGUGGAACUGCAUCCUUGGGAACAGUUCCCUGGCAACGGUAUCAAAACUUACAGGCGGUGAGUGCUGAGGAGGAUGGUGUCAAAAUUUAAGGUUUAUUUGCCAAAAGGGGAAGAGCCUGUAAUGAGAGAGCAGCACAUGGGUUUCAAGUUCAUGUAUGUGAGGUCAGAGUGUCGCUUUAAGGUUUGGGAUGAACUCUUAACUGAUCUUUUCUGCAUGAAUGAGGCGGCACGACUGCUGAGAAACAGCCAGAGUUUACUUGUUUCAGGCAACCUCUUGUCCUGCUUGUGGAGAUUUCGCUGUAGCAGGCACAUCAAAAUGGAUCUCUCUCACCAGCCCUUGAGCAAUAAAUGGAUUGUCGCCCCCCUCACUUUUUCCCCUCCAUCUCUCAGAUCUAUAUCUCCCCCAAGCAUCCCUGGCUUCACAGGUUUGCUCACAAAAGCCCUAUUUAAGUGGCUUCAACAUAUGGAUGCUCACAUGCCGUGAUCCUCACUUUUCCCUUCUUUCCUGUUACUAGAAAUUAACCAGCAGCCUGUCCAGGGACUGACAGACACUGAUGCACAAACACACACUCCUGAUGCAACCUCCCUUCCCUGAAUGUAAAAGCACAACGAUAAAAAAAAAAAAAAGUCCAGAGAGACAAACUUGUUUUAUAUGAAUUCAGUGUGGGUUUAAGG